AGGGACUGGGCGCUCGGGGGCUGGAGGGAGCCGUGGCGCCCCGUCGCGGCGCGCGGGAGCAGGUGGGGGAGCUGCGCUGUGGCACGCGGGAGCGCCGAGGGGAGGAGGCGGCCGCUACACCUAGGGCGCCCAGGAGCGCCCCGGGCUUGGCGCGGGCGGAGCCGCCUUCAGGGCAGCGCGUGUCCCCGGCCUCGGCCCCGCCCCGCCCCGUCCAAUGAGAGCCCGCGGUGGAAGGGGCUGUCCGCACACUAGGCCCGCAGCUCCUUUCCGCGCUGCAGACCCCCUGACACCGCACCGGGUGCUCGGGCAGCGCGCCCCUUUACCCCGGGUUCGGCGCGCCGUCGUCGGCUUCCGGACACCGCAACUUGCGCCCCUCUCCGGGACCUUGCUCCCAGGCUUUGGACCCCAGGUGACCCUAGGUCCCCAGCCGCCGGUGAACCCCAUGGGCCCCCGGGGGUGUGAGGUAGGAGCGGCCUGAGUAACCUCAGAAGGUGCCCCGUCCACGCCCCUCCGGGCUGCGGGGCGGGAGUCUUCGGGGAGCUAUGCUGAGACCGGGUGGUGCGGAGGAAGCUGCGCAGCUCCCCAUUCGGCGCGCCCGCGCCCCGGUCCCGGUGCCCUCCCCCAGACCCGCGGCCCCCGACGGCUCCGGGGCUUCGGCCCGCCUGGGUCUUGCCUGCCUUCUGCUCCUGCUGACGCUGCCAGACCGCGUAGACACGUCCUGGUGGUACAUUGGGGCACUGGGGGCCCGAGUGAUCUGUGACAAUAUCCCUGGUUUGGUGAGCCGGCAGCGGCAGCUGUGCCAGCGUUACCCAGACAUCAUGCGUUCAGUGGGCGAGGGUGCCCGAGAAUGGAUCCGAGAGUGUCAACACCAAUUCCGCCACCAUCGCUGGAACUGUACCACCGUGGACCGGGACCACACUGUCUUUGGCCGUGUCAUGCUCAGAAGUAGCCGAGAGGCAGCUUUCGUAUAUGCCAUCUCAUCAGCAGGAGUAGUCCACGCUAUUACUCGUGCCUGUAGCCAGGGUGAACUAAGUGUGUGCAGCUGUGACCCGUACACCCGUGGCCGACACCAUGACCAGCGUGGGGACUUUGACUGGGGUGGCUGCAGUGACAACAUCCACUAUGGUGUCCGUUUUGCGAAGGCCUUCGUAGAUGCCAAGGAGAAGAGGCUUAAGGAUGCCCGGGCCCUCAUGAACUUACAUAAUAACCGCUGCGGUCGCACGGCUGUGCGGCGAUUUCUGAAGCUGGAGUGUAAGUGCCAUGGCGUGAGUGGUUCCUGUACUCUGCGCACCUGCUGGCGUGCACUCUCAGAUUUCCGCCGCACAGGUGAUUACCUGCGGCGGCGCUAUGAUGGGGCUGUGCAGGUGACGGCCACCCAGGAUGGUGCCAACUUCACUGCAGCCCGCCAAGGCUAUCGCCAUGCCACUCGGACUGAUCUUGUCUACUUUGACAACUCCCCAGAUUACUGUGUCUUGGACAAGGCUGCAGGUUCCCUAGGCACUGCAGGCCGUGUCUGCAGCAAGACAUCAAAAGGAACAGAUGGUUGUGAAAUCAUGUGCUGUGGCCGAGGGUACGACACAACUCGAGUCACCCGUGUUACCCAGUGUGAGUGCAAAUUCCACUGGUGCUGCGCUGUGCGGUGCAAGGAAUGCAGAGACAUUGUGGACGUCCAUACUUGCAAGGCCCCCAAGAAGGCAGAGUGGCUGGACCAGACCUGAACACACUGUUACCUCACUCAUCCCUCUAAUUCGAGCCUCUCAACUCAAAAGCACAAGAUCCUUGCAUGCACACCUUCCUCCACCCUCCACCCUGGGUUGCUGCAGCUUCUAUUUAAGGACAUAGAGAGUAAUCCAUAGGGACCAUGGUCUCCUGGCUGCUUCCUCAGCCCUGGGAAGGAGUUGACAGGGGAUAUAAGAAACUGAGCAAGCUCCCUGAUUUCCCCCUCUGGAGAUGUGAAGGGAGAGCAGAAAAGAUAGGGGGUCUUUAGAGUGAAAUGAGGUGCACUGAAGUACGUAGUUGAGGCUCCUUUUUUCUUUUCUUUGUACCAGCUUCCUGAUACUUCCUUGGUGUGCAAGAGGAAGGGUACCUAUAGAGAGCUUCUUUUUGUUUCUACCUGGCCAAAGUUAGAGAAGACAAAGAUGACACAGUAUGUCACUUCUUGAAGACAGUUUGAGCAGACUACCUGGUACCCCAAAAGAAAAUCUUAGGCCACCACAUUCUAUUAUUGAGAGCCUGAGAUGUUGUUAUCCAUAGUAUACAAGGUUCUGUUCACAUGCUCAUAUGUUUAUGAACUGCUGUGUUUUGUAGAAGAAAAAAAAUCCUAACUCUACAAACACACAUUCAUUCUCUCUCCUUUCUCUUUUUCUCUCUACCAUUCUCAACCUGUAUUGGACAGCACUGCCUCUUUUGCUCACUUGCUGCCUGUUCAAACAGAGGUGGAAUGCAGUGGUUCCUGUGCCUAACGGAUCAUUAGAAUACCCUAGAA